GGACUACAACUCCCAUGAUGCCCCGGGGCCGGCGGGGCGGGCGGGCAGGAAGGCGGGCAGGGUUGUCCCGGUAAAUAGAACCGGUGGACGCGAUGAAGCUGUACUGCCUGUCAGGGCAUCCAACCUUGCCAUGCAAUGUGCUCAAGUUCAAAUCCACCACCAUCAUGCUGGACUGUGGGCUGGAUAUGACGUCUACCCUCAAUUUCCUCCCGCUGCCUCUGGUCCAGAGCCCCAGGCUGUCCAAACUUCCUGGUUGGGUUUUGAAAGAUGGAAGCAUGUUUCUGGACAAGGAGCUGAAGGAGUGCUCUGGCCACGUGUUUGUAGACUCUGUGCCUGAGUUCUGCUUGCCAGAGACUGAACUGCUUGACCUCUCCACAGUGGAUGUAAUCUUGAUCUCCAACUAUCACUGCAUGAUGGCACUGCCCUACAUCACGGAGUACACAGGAUUCACUGGAACAGUUUAUGCCACCGAGCCCACUGUUCAAAUUGGCAGGCUCCUGAUGGAAGAGCUGGUGAAUUCCAUUGAACGCGUGCCAAAGGCUCAGUCUGCCUCCAUGUGGAAGAACAAGGAGGUGCAAAGGUUGCUGCCGGCGCCGCUGAAGGACGCGGUGGAGGUGUCCAUGUGGAGGAAGUGCUACACCAUGCCUGAGGUGAACGCAGCCCUCAGCAAGAUCCAGCUGGUGGGCUAUUCCCAGAAAAUCGAGCUGUUUGGUGCUGUGCAGGUCACCCCUCUGAGCUCGGGCUACGCCCUUGGGAGUUCCAAUUGGAUUAUCCAGUCACACUAUGAAAAGGUUUCUUACGUUUCAGGAUCUUCUCUGCUUACAACACACCCUCAGCCCAUGGACCAGGCUUCUCUUAAAAACAGCGACGUUCUCAUCCUGACAGGGCUGACCCAGAUCCCCACUGCCAACCCCGAUGGAAUGGUGGGAGAGUUCUGCAGCAACCUGGCGAUGACUGUCCGGAAUGGAGGCAAUGUCCUGGUUCCCUGUUACCCCUCUGGAGUGAUCUACGACCUGCUGGAGUGCCUCUAUCAGUACAUUGACUCUGCAGGGCUCUCCAACGUCCCCUUUUACUUCAUCUCACCUGUUGCCAACAGCUCCCUGGAGUUCUCCCAGAUCUUUGCUGAGUGGUUGUGUCAUAACAAACAAACAAAGGUGUAUCUUCCAGAACCUCCUUUUCCCCACGCUGAGCUCAUUCAGACAAACAAAUUGAAGCAUUAUCCCAGCAUCCAUGGAGACUUCAGCAAUGACUUCAAGCAGCCCUGUGUUGUGUUCACUGGGCAUCCCUCUCUCAGAUUUGGGGAUGUGGUGCAUUUCAUGGAGCUGUGGGGAAAAUCCAGCUUGAACACUGUUAUAUUCACAGAACCUGAUUUCUCUUACCUGGAUGCCCUGGCUCCCUACCAGCCCUUGGCAAUGAAAUGUGUUUACUGUCCCAUUGACACGAGACUCAACUUUAUUCAGGUGUCUAAAUUACUCAAAGAAGUCCAGCCCCUGCACGUGGUGUGCCCCGAGCAGUACACGCAGCCCCCUCCCACGCAGUCCCACCGCACGGACCUGAUGAUCGACUGCCAGCCCCCGGCCAUGUCCUACCGCCGCGCCGAGGUGCUCACGCUGCCCUACAAGCGCCGCUACGAGAAGAUCGAGAUCAUGCCCGACCUUGCAGAUUCCCUCGUGCCCUUGGAGAUCAAGCCUGGUAUUUCCUUGGCAACAGUUUCUGCCGUGCUGCAUACUAAGGACAACAAGCACGUGCUGCAGCUCCCUCCAAAACCUCCCCAACCUCCUGCCAGCAAGAAGAGGAAGCGGGUGAGUGAUGAUGUGCCCGAGGGCAAAUCUUUGAAGCCGCUGCUGAGUGGCUCCAUCCCCAUGGACCAGUUUGUGCAGACUCUGGAGAAGGUGAGGACUGUGCUGAUUUCCUUCCCUCUCCCACCCCAAAUCCAGCACGGCUUCAGCGACGUGAAGGUGGAGGACACGGCCAAGGGCCACAUCGUGCUGCUGCAGGAGGCAGAGACCCUGAUCCAGCUGGAGGAGGACUCCACCCACAUCAUCUGUGACAAUGACGAGCCCCUGAGGGUCAAACUGCGGGACCUGGUGCUCAAAUUCCUGCAGAAAUUUUAGCUGAUGGACAUUAGGAGGCUCUGCAAGGAGAGAGCCUGGAGCAGCAGAACUUGGAGCUGUCCAAAGAGAGAGAGAGAGAAUUCUGUGAUUCAGAGAGACCAGAAACCACCUUCCCCUUCAUGGAGGAGCAAGGGAGUAUUUUUAAUAUCUAUUUUUUAAAUCUUAUUUUUCACCUGUUUUGGAACACUUUGCAGGGGAUUCCUGUUGUGUAAAAUUGGGAGCUGGGAAUCUUACAGGAGAUAGGAGCUGCAGAGUAAAUAACUGGAGUGUUUAUUUGCAACAUCAGGGCAAACUGCUGCUCCCCUGUGUCCCUCAGCAGUCUCUGGCCCAGUCCUUCACUGACAGAACUCUGCAGGGAUAUUGAGACAAUGGCCUUUUUCCUCCCACUGCUUCUUCCCCAUCCCCAGAUCCCAUCCCCUGCCUCUCCUCCCUGUGUGCUGCUCACGUGUCCUUCACUGGCAUGAGGAGGGGAGAGCUGCUGAGGCAAAGAUUCACAAAUAAAAAUGGAAAAAGGAGACCUGGUGGACAUGGAGAAGAGUGGGAAGAGCCUGGCCAUUCCCUGCACAAGCAGAGGCACUUUGGAGAAGCUUUAUGCUUUAGGAACUCAAGUGUUUAUUGAUGCUGCAGCCUCACCUGUUCCAUGCAGAUCUGUCCAGGGAGCUCCAGGCCCUUCACUGAAGCUGGUUCCUCCUGGGUUCCUCCAUCAGCACUGGAGGAAACACCUCAGGAAGACACUUAGGGAAGUCCAUAAAGUAGGAAAAUUCCUGAUGCUCGUAAAAAACCUUUCAAUAUUUAAGUGCCUCUUGUUUAUACCUGCCAAAAACUUUCCUUGCAGUCCCCUCCAUCUCAAAUCCUGGAUGGAAUUCUGAGUCAUUUAUCCAAAACCAUCUGUACUGCAGACCUGGGGAGGCUUUUCCCUCCCCAAAUCAAAUAUUUGGGGCCUCCCCUGAGUCAAUAGUAUUGCUUUCAAAGGUGACCCAUUUCUCAGAUUUACUGCUGUUCAUUUUUUAUUGGAUUGUUUUGUAUUUAUUUGGUGUUUAAAAAUAAAAAGCAGAGUGAGACUGCCCAGGA